GCAAGAACUAAUUAUCGAAAUCAAUUCAUUUGGAAAAUCAAAGAUGAAAACUAACCAACAGCUGAUGAUAUCAAGUAAAAAUAAUUUCAGUAUUAAAAAAAUAAAAUAUUAAAUAGUUAAACUAUUACAAAAAUAUUUCCAAAUCAAUUGCGUUCAGUCUAUUAGGAAUCAUUUGUUUAAAAAAAUCAAAAACCUAUUAGGGUGUUCGUGAAACCCGAAGAAAUUCUUCCUUGCAAUGCCUAUUAGGGUUAAUAUCUAACUACCAAAUAGAUGGAUUAUGAAGGUAAAUAAAUUACAGUCAAAGAAAUCUAACAGAAACCAU